AUGCCCAGUGCCUGUCCUGUGACACCCAGUGCCAGUCCCGUGACACCCAGUGCCAGUCCCGUGACACCCAGUGCCAGUCCCGUGACACCCAGUGCCAGUCCUGUGACACCCUGUGACACCCAGUGCCAGUCCCGUGACACCCAGUGCCAGUCCCGUGACACCCAGUGCCAGUCCUGUGACACCCAGUGCCAGCCCUGUGACACCCAGUGCCUGUCCUGUGACACCCAGUGCCUGUCCUGUGACACCCAGUGCCAGUCCCGUGACACCCAGUGCCAGUCCCGUGAUACCCAGUGCCAGUCCCGUGACGCCCAGUGCCAGUCCCGUGACGCCCAGUGCCAGUCCUGUGACACCCAGUGCCAGUCCUGUGACACCCAGUGCCAGUCCUGUGAUGCCCAGUGCCAGUCCUGUGACACCCAGUGCCAGUCCUGUGACACCCAGUGCCAGUCCUGUGACACCCAGUGCCAGUCCUGUGACACCCAGUGCCAGUCCUGUGAUGCCCAGUGCUAG